AUGUCUGACGUCGAAGAACAACAAAUUGUCGAGGAGGUUGCCGUUGAGCAGCAGGAUGCCGCCAUCACCAUUGAGGACGCUUUGAAGGUUGUCUUGAGAACCUCCCUUGUCCACGAUGGUUUGGCCAGAGGUUUGAGAGAAGCUUCUAAGGCUCUUUCCAGAAAGGAGGCCCAGUUGUGUGUUCUCUGUGACUCUGUCACCGAGGCUUCUAUCAUCAAGUUGGUUGAGGCUUUGUGUAACGAGGGUGACGAGAAGAUCCCAUUGAUCAAGGUUUCCGACGCCAAGUUGUUGGGAGAGUGGGCCGGUUUGUGCCAGUUGGACAGAGAGGGUAACGCCAGAAAGGUCGUUGGUGCCUCUUGUGUUGUUGUCAAGAACUGGGGUGCUGACUCUGAGGAGAGAAACGUCUUGUUGGAGCACUUCUCCCAGCAGUAA